AUUCUCCGGAUCAACCAGAAGAUCAGAGGGAAAGACAACUUCAAGUCCAUCGGAAUACUGGACAUCUUCGGCUUCGAGAACUUCCAGGUGAAUCGGUUUGAGCAGUUCAACAUCAACUACGCCAACGAGAAGCUGCAGGAGUACUUCAACAAACACAUCUUCUCCCUGGAACAACUGGAGUACAACAGAGAGGGAGUCCAGUGGGAAGCCAUAGACUGGAUGGAUAACGCUGAGUGUCUGGACCUCAUAGAGAAGAAACUGGGGAUGCUAGCAUUGGUCAACGAGGAGAGUCGCUUCCCCAAAGGGACAGACUUCACACUGCUGGAGAAACUACACAGCAGGCACUCUGUGAACAACCCUUACUAUGUGAAGCCUCGACUGGCUGACCAUCAGUUUGGCAUCAGGCACUAUGCUGGAGAGGUUCUGUAUGAUGUCACCGGGGUUCUGGAGAAGAACAGAGAUACAUUCAGAGACGACAUCCUCAACAUGCUGAAGGAGAGCCGACUGGACUUCAUCUAUGAUCUGUUUGAGAGAGUGGGCAGCAGGAACAGUGAGGAGACUCUGAAGAUGGGAACAGCCAGACGCAAGCCUACCGUCAGCUCACAGUUUAGGGACUCUCUCCAUUCCCUCAUGGGCACUCUGAGUGUGUCCAACCCCUUCUUCGUGCGCUGCAUCAAACCCAACAACGAGAAGAACCCUAGCGUGUUUGACCCGGAAGUGGUUCUGAACCAGCUGAGGUAUUCUGGAAUGUUAGAAACAGUUAAGAUCCGCCGGGCCGGCUUCCCUGUCCGCAGAACCUUCAAAGACUUCUUCAGCCGGUCAGUGUGUGUGUGUGUGUGUUAUGUGUGUUGGCUCCAGAAGGAGAUGAAGACAGGAACUAAGAGUAAUGUUCUGAAGCUGAAGAAACGCUGGUUCGUGUUAACCCAUAACUCCCUGGAUUACUACAAGAGCUCUGAGCGAAACUCCUCCAAGAUGGGAACCCUCGUCCUCAACUCCCUCUGCUCUGUCUUUCAACCUGAGGAACGAGUGCACAGAGAGACAGGGUACUGGAACAUCGUAGUGCACGGUAGGAAGCACUCGUAUCGCCUCUACACCAAGAUGCUGAAUGAAGCUCUGAGAUGGAUAGCAGCCAUACAGGCAGUGAUAGACAGCAAGACACCCAUAGAAACACCGACACUACAGCUCAUCAGAGAUAUCAAGGACAGCAGUCUGAACCCUGAGGCAGUGGAGCAGACCUACAGGAGGAAUCCCAUCCUCAGAUACACUCAGCACCCUCUACACUCCCCCCUACUGCCACUACCCUACGGAGAAGUCAUCCAGAGACAGCAGGGCUAUGCCAGUCUUCAGGAUGAAGCGAUCCGAGUGUUUAACUCUCUUCAGGAGAUGGAGACUCUGGCAGACCCUGUUCCUAUCAUACGGGGGGUACUGCAGACCUGUCAGGACCUGAGACCUCUCCGAGACGAGGUAUACUGUCAGGUGAUCAAGCAGACCAAUCACGUACCUCAGCCCAAUCAGCCCAAUCAGCGGGCUCAUUGGCACCUCCUCACCUGUAUGAGCUGUACCUUCCUCCCAAGCCGGACCAUCCUCAGAUACCUGCGCUUCCACCUCAAAAGGGUGCGAGAGCAUUUCCCCAACACAGAGAUUGAGCGUUAUUCUGCUUUUAUCAAUGAGUCUCUGAAGAAGACCAAGACCAGGGACUUUAUUCCGUCUCAGGAGGAGAUUGUGGCCCUACUGGUGAGGCAGGAGAUGACAACUACAGUCUACUGCCAUGGAGGAGGCUCCUGCAAGAUCUCCAUCAAUUCACACACCACCGCUGGAGAGGUGGUGGAGAAGUUGAUCCGCGGCCUGGCCAUGGAGGACAGUAGGAAUCUGUUCUCUCUGUUUGAGCACAACAAGGUGACGGACCGAGCUCUGGAGAGCAGGGUCAUAGUGGCUGACGUCCUCGCCAAGUUUGAGAGGCUGUCAGGGACUGAGGAGGAGGAGGAGGAAGGACAGUGGAGACUCUAUUUUAAACUUUACUGUUUCCUCGACAUGGAGAGCAUGCCUAAGGAGGGGGUGGAAUUUGCCUUCAUGUUUGAGCAGGCCCAUGAGUCUCUGAUCAGUGGUCACUUCCCGGCCCCAGAGGAAACUUUGCAGCAGCUAGCCGCUUUACGGCUACAGUAUCUCCAUGGAGAUGGGGCCAGCCGCGCUGGGUGGAGCCUCGGUACUGUUUACCCAAUGGGGCGCCUCCGCUCGCGCAUCUUCCACUCCACCAAACAGGGAGGCGUGGCAGGAGGAGAGGCAGGAGGAGGGCAGGUGGGAAGUGUCAAGGGGGACGGGCAAGAUAGAAGGAGAACCCCCAGCUUCCUGGAUGGAAGUCUGAGGCGCAGCUUCAAGACGGGCUCGCUGAAGAAACAGAAGGAGGAAGAGGGGCAGCAGGUGGAGAUGUGGGUGAAGGAGGAGACAUCAGCCACCAGAGCCCAUGUUCUGGAUAAAUGGACCAAGUUACAGGGACUCGCCCAGCACCAGGCUCUGCUCAAAUACAUGUCCAUCGUCAAAGAGUGGCCCGGAUAUGGCUCUACACUGUUCGACGUGGAGUGUAAGGAAGGAGGUUUUCCCCAUGACCUGUGGCUGGGUGUGAGUGCUGACAACCUGUCUGUGUAUAAGAGAGGGGAACCCAAACCUCUGCAGACGUUCCAGUAUGAGCAGAUCACCUUCUUUGGAGCUCCACAACCCUGCACCUACCAGAUCACUGUCGACGGCAACGACUUGUUCUUCCACACUCCAUUGGUGAUGGAGAUUGCUAAGAUCAUGAAAGCCUACAUCAACAUGAUGGUGAAGAAACGCUGCAGCAUCAUGUCUGCCUCCAGCGUCGCCAGCACCUUUGUCAGGUGAUCAACCAGCAGCCAGUCAGAGCCCUCUAUUCAACAGUACAGGCCUAUCAGAGAGAGGCAGGAAGUGGAUACAAUCCACGGAUUGGUCGGUCGGUUGUUGUUUUGGUGGAGUCAGCUGAUCUUGGAAAGGGGUAACCACAAAACAGCGGACAGUCAAGGAUCUAAAAUGGCAUCCGAUUUCACAAAACUAAAAGGGGAUGGACACUGCAGCUAACUAUUCUAGACUUGGGAAUCGGGUGGAUUGGGUUAAAUAUCUGUUUGUUAACAAUGAGCAUGGAAAAUGACCCAUUUUGGGGAGGACAACUCCAGCACCUCCCAACCCCCAGUUACCCUGCAUGUCACUGUCUUACAGCCAGCAGGUCCAGCACAUUCUAACUCAACCUUACUUCAUCUAAAUAUCUCUUAUUACUCCUUUUAUAUCAAUCUCUAAUCUCUCUCUCUCCUCUGUCAUCCCUCUUUCUGUUCUCUCUGGACCAAACCCAUACCAACGACAAGCACAAUAGCCCAGUCAAGCCAUACCACCCGCAAAGCCCCUGUCGCCCCCUUCUCAACCCAAUAGCACACCCCCAGUCGCAGUCCCAACACACUGCCAGCUAGGAGAGAUCAAAUGAAGCCUGUUACUAUUUCUAUCUUCCUUCCUCUGUCUCUUACCCUCAUUCCCCCAUUUGAUAUAACUCUCUCUUUCUCUGUCUGUGUGUCCCCCAUUUUGCCUGCUUCACUCUCUUUACAGUUAAGUGUUAAUUUAUUCUCUGUUGCUUGCUUCCUUUCCUCUCUCUUUCUCUCACUCAAUCUCUCGUUCAUCUGUUGUUAUCCGUGGUGACUGAGAUAAAGGACUGUUUUGUGUUUUCAUCUCGGGGUCGAAUCAGAAAAUCCGGUCCCUUCUUCAUCAGACUGCACAGUACUUACUUCCUGUGUCAACGGAAGUGACAUCACAUAUGGUCAAAUGAAGUGGCCUCAAACAAACUCCCUCAGAGAACCAGGGCUGGAGGCCCAUCCAGGGCCAUCUCCCCGGGAUCAUCCUGACUCAGAGGCUCUUUCAAGGGGUAGCUGUCUGGCUCGGUCUGGGGGGGGGGGGUCUCCAUGGGAGGAGAAGGAAAAAUGUUGACUACAAGAUCAACCAAGGGAGAUUGAGAGAGCUUUCUCCUAUAAAAUGUCUACAUACUAUGAACAUCACAUAUAUUACAUAUUCAUGUCCAACCUACACAUACACACAUACACUAAUCAAACACUUAUCAUUUUUGAAAAUUGCACCUCAUAGGAACCCUACAUAGAUUUUGGUGGUCACUGUACUGUAUGUAUAUAAAUAUCAUUCUAAAUGCCAUUUGAUUAAUUUAUUGUAUGUGUAAACUAAAUGCGAAGGAACAGAGAUAUUCACUGCUGUAUGUCUAAUAUGCCAACGCACCCUUAUUCACUAGCAGUGCCAUCUGACUAAAUCACAGAUAUAUAGAGGGGCUUCACUUCUUGAUGUAGAAUGGGUAGAGUUCAGUCGCGGCGGCCAUAUUGGUAGGGCGGUUUGGGAUGGUUGCCUGCAUGCGUUUCUCUGUGCUCUAGUGAAAUGUAGCCUUCGUAUCAUCCUUCUGGCUCACGUUUCCAUAUCGGUGGGUACUUUUUUUUUUUAAACAUGAGGAAUCUACAAUCUUGUCUUCUCUACCCAUUCUGUUUCUAUGCUAUGUGACUGUUCUCGAGUUCAUGAGUGAAUAGAACCUGUUUUAAGUCAUGUGACUCGUGUACUGUGCGUUCCCAGUGUCUCCCGUCCUGCAGUGCUGUGUUUGGAAUGCUAACAUGAGCGUGUGUAUCUGUGUCAUAAUGCAAGUGACUAACUACCUUACCGGGGGAAGAAGGGAACCAUAUGAAGAAAAGAAAGAAAGUGUGUUGUUAACAAAUAAGAGUAUUAUCUAUCUGGAUAACCUUUAUAAGAGAAUGGUGUUGUGAUUUUAAAUGGGGAAGAGUUUGGGAAGGGAGGGAGAGGGGAGGAUGGGGUAUUUAUUUGUUAUAAUUAUUGCAGAGGGAGGGAGGGGAUAUGGUUACAGUAUGGAAUUCUGUGAAAGAAGAGAAGAUCACACAUUGAGGAGGUAUGCUUCUAGGAAAUAGGAAUUCAGAAUUCUGGGAACAUGGGAAUUGUGUUUGUUUCUGACUGUGUGUCGUCACUGCUUGUGGGCCUAAGCCCACUGGAGGACCAGUCUAUAGAAUCAGAAUUACUGGAAAAGACAUUCCAAUUCAGAACGACAUUCCAUCCAGUGUUCCACUGGGCCAUUUGGAAUGACUGAAAAAUCCUGUUUUUGCGGGCCAGUGUAGCCUACAUGAAUACAUGUUUUUGGCAGACAGGCGGAAUGUCAAUUAUCAUCACAUCCAGUGAAAUUCGGGAACUGUGUCCUAUCUAGGUAUUCUCUUUCAAUGGCCCUGCCUCUCACACUGCUAGUACACAAAGUAAGAUGAAGUUGCCUCUUGACACUGAUCUAAGGCAGUGGAGGUUGCUGAAGGGAAGAAGGCUCAUAAUAUUGGCUGGAACUGAGCAAAAGGAAUAGCAUUAAACACAUGGAAACCAUGUAUUUGAUACCAUUCCAUUGAUUUUGCUCCAUUACCACAAGCCCAUCCUCCCCACUUAAGGUGCCACCAACCUCCUGUGAUCUAAGCUCAGUUUUGGUUUCACACCCAAAUGGUAAGGGUAAGCUGAUCCUAGAUCUGUGUCUAUGAGCAACCUCUAUGCCGGGGUCCUUUUCCAGCCGCAGGCGGCCAGAGUAGGGCCUGACUGUAAUCUGUCAUGGUUCAUAUGAAUUAUUAUCAUUAUAUAUUGAAACAUUGUGAUUGUUUUGAGAGAAAAAAGAGAAAGAGAGAGAAAAUUGUUGUUAUUUUUUUUGUAACUGGCUUUACAAACGUAUGAUUUAAUAAAUUAUCGGAAAUUG